CAACACCCGUUGUCAAGUUAGCUUGGUGAACCAACCAAUGGGAUCAGUACCGUUCCCGCCUUUCUGUGUUUAAUCGAUGAGCAUCGCGGCAUUCGCGGCUCCGUGCUUUAUGUUUUUGUAGAAGCAUCACUUGUCACGACUGGAGACAUGAGUAAAGUAAAUCGAAAACCGUUUUCGACACCCUCGGCGGCGAAGAAGCCCAAGUUUAGUAGGGACGAAGAUGAGGAGACGCCUAGUUCGUUUGAGACAGAACUGGCCACUAUGGAUCUUGCAGAUGAUGAUUUUCUCGAUGAGACUCUCUUAAUCGGAGAAGGACCCGAACAAGAAAAUACAUCUGCAAAGUGGAGCAGAGCUCCACCGCCACCUUUGAAUCCAAAAAUUGAUACGCUGACAUUCCAGCAAAUUGAAAUUGACCAUUACAUAGGUAAACCCCUUCAUGGAAUGCCAGGUAGUAAAAUAGGACCUGUACCGAUAAUUAGGAUGUUUGGCGUUACGGAGCAAGGAAAUUCCGUCUGUUGUCACGUCCAUGGCUUUUGCCCGUACCUGUUCGUAUCAGCGCCAUCGAAUUUCACAAACAAUCAUUGUAAACUAUUUAAAGAAGCCCUUAAUCAAGCUGUGAAGAAGGAUAUGAAAUCAAAUCCAGAUAACAUACAAGACGCCAUCCUAGCAGUCGAAUUGGUCUACAAACAGUCAGUGUAUGGAUACGGAGGGAACGACAAAUUGCCAUUCUUGAAAAUUACAGUAGCAGUUCCAAAAUUGAUAGCACCUUGCAAGAGAUUAUUAGAACAAGACACGGUUUAUACCGCGUUUAAUUAUCAUUACAGAGCAUUUGAAAGUAACAUCGACUUUGAUAUCAGGUUCAUGGUUGAUACAUCAGUUGUCGGCUGUUCUUGGAUCGAAUUAGUACCAGGAAACUGGAAAUUACGUGGCCAGCAUGGGCACAUGUUAGAACUGACUACACGAUGCCAGCUGGAAGUGGAUGUUGCAUGGGAUGCUUUUGUGGCUCAUGCUCCGGAAGGAGAAUGGUCAAAAGUAGCACCGUUCAGAAUUCUCAGUUUCGAUAUCGAGUGCGCUGGACGCGAAGGUAUCUUUCCUGAAGCGAAACAUGACCCCGUGAUACAAAUCGCCAAUAUGGUCAUAAGGCAGGGCGAGCCCGAACCAUUUUUGAGAAAUAUUUUCACCCUCGAUACUUGCGCGCCUAUCGUCGGUUCCCAGGUUCUGAGUUUUGACAAAGAAAGUUUAAUGUUAGAGAAAUGGGCUGACUUUGUGCGACAAUCAGAUCCUGACAUUUUCACUGGAUAUAACAUAAACAAUUUUGACUUUCCGUAUUUAAUUAAUCGCGCGCAGCAUCUCAAUGUUAAGAAUUUCAACUUCCUCGGUCGAAUAAAAAACAUAAAGUCUGUGAUCAAGGAUCAUGUACUGCAAAGUAAACAGAUGGGUCGUCGUGAGAACAAAUCGAUUAAUUUUGAAGGGAGAGUCCCGUUCGAUUUAUUACUGGUACUGGUCCGAGAUUAUAAACUGAGAUCUUACACCUUGAACGCGGUGUCGUAUCAUUUCCUGCAAGAACAAAAAGAAGAUGUCCAGCAUAAGGAUAUUACGGGAUUACAAAACGGCAAUGCGCAGACACGUCGACGUCUGGCUGUAUACUGUUUGAAAGACGCCUACUUACCACUUAGACUAUUGGACAAGCUAAUGUGUAUUAUUAUCUAUAUGGAAAUGGCGAGAGUUACGGGAGUAUCCAUUUCCAGCUUGUUGACUCGCGGGCAACAAAUCAAAGUUGUUUCUCAACUUCUACGUAAGACUAAGGAAAAGGAUUACUUGAUGCCAACGCAUCAGGGCCGCGGUACCGACGAGCAAUUCGAAGGUGCGACUGUCAUCGAACCUAAGCGUGGCUACUACAAUGAUCCAAUAGCUACUUUGGAUUUCAGUUCCUUGUAUCCUAGUAUUAUCAUGGCGCACAAUUUAUGUUACACGACGUUAUUAACCGUUGCUAAAAAGAAGGAGCUCAAUAUUCCGGAGGAUCAAAUUACUGCAACUCCCAGUAAUUCGUUAUUUAUUAAGAGCACCGUAAGAAAAGGGAUCCUUCCGGAGAUUUUGGAAAAUUUAUUAGCGGCCAGGAAGAAAGCAAAGACAGAGUUGAAGCAAGAAACGGAUCCACUGAAGCAAAAAGUACUCGAUGGUAGGCAAUACGCUUUGAAAGUGUCGGCAAAUUCCGUGUAUGGUUUCACGGGUGCGCAGAUGGGAAAGUUACCAUGCUUGGAAAUAUCUGCUAGCGUCACCGCUUAUGGACGCGCUAUGAUAGAACAAACGAAGCAAGAAGUGGAGGAUCGCUUUCGAAUAGAAAAUGGAUACAAAAACGAUGCGAUAGUCAUAUACGGCGACACCGAUUCCGUGAUGGUAAAGUUCGGCGUGAAAUCUAUAGAAGAUGCGAUGAAACUCGGUAAAGAAGCAGCCGAAUACGUGACGUCUAAAUUCAUCAAGCCUAUAAAACUGGAGUUCGAGAAGGUGUAUUUCCCGUAUCUCUUAAUCAACAAGAAACGGUAUGCUGGCCUGUAUUUCACGAAGCCCGACAAGUACGACAAGAUGGAUUGCAAAGGUCUCGAAACGGUGCGCAGAGAUAAUUGUCCACUGGUAGCGAACAUGAUGAAUACCUGUUUGCAAAUAUUGCUUAUCGAAAGAAAUCCACGUGCCGCCGUGGACUAUGCCAAACAGGUCAUCAGCGAUCUCCUGUGUAAUCGAAUCGAUCUGUCUCAAUUAGUCAUCACGAAGGAACUGACAAAGACAGAUUACGCGGCGAAGCAAGCGCACGUCGAGCUGGCGGCGAAGAUGAAGAAACGGGAUGCCGGAAACGCGCCGAAGCUUGGCGACCGAGUGGCGUACGUGAUUACAAGCGCGGCUAAAGGCACACCGGCGCACCAGAAGGCGGAAGAUCCCGUGUACGCGUUGCAGAACAGUAUCCCAAUAGAUACGACCUAUUAUCUGGAGAAUCAAUUGGCGAAACCUCUCGUGCGUAUCUUCGAACCUAUCCUCGGUGAGAAGGCAGAGUCGCUUCUGCUGAAGGGAGAUCACACGCGCACGAGAUGCAUCGCCACCUCGCAAGUCGGAGCGCUCGCGGCUUUCACGCGUAAAAAGGAGACCUGUUUGGGUUGUAAAUCCGUUUUACCGCCGGACAGGGAAGACAAGGCGGUGUGCAAGCAUUGCGAGCCGAAAGAGGCCGAGCUAUUCCACAACGAGUUACAGGCCCAGCAUAAGCUGGAAGAGAAGUUCUCCAGAUUGUGGGCGGAAUGCCAGAGGUGCCAAGGGAGUCUUCACCAAGAAGUUAUAUGCUCCAACCGUGACUGCCCGAUAUUUUACAUGAGGGUGAAAUCUCGAAUAGACAUGGCUGCGAAAAUCAAGCGAAUCCAAAAGUUUGGUGUUCCGGAAUGGUAGUGAAAAGAGCGAUCAACAUCUCGC